UAAUCUUUUUCUCUGAUUCUCUCUCUGUCUUUAUCUUUCUGCAUUACACAUUACUACAACAUUAUUAUUCGUAUUUAUUAAUGAUGAAUUCCUCUCCCAGCCAGCCGUACUGAUUCGCCAUCUUUUCACCCUUUAAUGAAUCUUCUUCCUCUCCCUCUUCCCUUUUAAAACUUCACACUCUUUCUUAUUCAACUGAAACCACAAUCUCCACAAGAAAAAGCUCAAACAAACAAAAUAUGCAAAGCAGCUUCAAGACCGUUCCUUUCAACCCUGACUUCUACUCCCAAGCCUCUUUCUUCUUCAGAGGAGACAGCUGUCUUGAUGAGUUUCAUGAACCCGUUAACGCUUUUCACCAUGACGAAGCUGUUGCUGGUUUAAGUCCAAAUGUCACUGUUGCUGCUUCCAACAACUUACACUACACGACGUUUGAUACGGUCAUGGAGUGUGGGUUGAGGGAGAGACAUGAAGGAGAAGAGGAGUGUUUGGACACAGGACAGUUAAUGUAUCAGAGAGGAGUAGUAGGGGAAGUGAACAGCAGUUUAGUAGACAAGUGGUGUGAUUCGGUUUCAGCCAUGGCUGAUAACAGUCAACAUACUGACACUUCCACAGAUAUUGAUACUGAUGACAAGUCUCAGUUAAAUGGAGUUCAUCAAGGGAUGCUUUUGGCUACAAACUGUGCAGAUCAAUCUAAGGCGCUUAGAAGACUUGCUCAGAACCGGGAGGCUGCUAGGAAAAGCCGGCUGAGGAAAAAAGCAUAUGUUCAGCAACUUGAGAACAGUCGGAUCAGGCUAGCGCAGCUAGAGGAAGAGCUCAAAAGAGCUCGUCAACAGGGAUGUUCUGGUGAGAGAGGAGCUUCAAGGGAAAACACACAUGUUGCUGCCGGAAAUGGUGUAUUUUCUUUUGAAGUGGAAUAUGCACGUUGGAUGGAGGAACAUCAAAGGCUGAUCAACGACUUGAGAGCGGGUGUGCAUUCGCAGCUAAAUGACAACGAGCUACGUGUACUAGUGGAUGCUGUGAUGAGUCACUACGAUGAGAUUUUUAGGCUAAAAGGAAUUGGUACUAAAGUGGACGUCUUCCACAUGCUCUCAGGCAUGUGGCAGACCCCUGCUGAGAGAUUCUUCAUGUGGUUAGGUGGAUUCAGAUCAUCUGAGCUACUUAAGAUAUUGGGGAACCAUGUAGAUCCCUUGACUGAUCAGCAGUUGAUAGGAAUCUGUAAUCUCCAGCAGUCAUCUCAGCAAGCAGAGGAUGCAUUGACACAAGGCAUGGAAGCUCUGCAACAAUCGCUUCUAGAGACGCUUUCAUCUGCUUCAAUGGGUCCAAACUCUUCAGCAAAUGUUGCUGACUAUAUGGGUCAUAUGGCAAUGGCCAUGGGGAAGCUUGGCACUCUUGAAAACUUCCUUCGUCAGGCAGAUCUAUUGAGGCAACAAACUUUGCAACAGCUUCACAGGAUUCUGACAACAAGACAAGCUGCUCGUGCCUUUUUGGUCAUCCAUGACUAUAUUUGUCGACUUAGAGCUCUUAGCUCCUUAUGGUUAGCCCGACCAAGAGACUAAGCCUUUGAGCAUAGCUCUCUCUCCUCUGUAGCCUUUUAGACCAGCUGUUAUAAAUUUAUUUAGUAUGUAGUAAACGUUACCAUUUUC